AUGACACAUUGCUCGGAAAAUGAGACUUUAGCGAAUAGAACGAAUACGCUAGUAAUUUCGUUCUUAAGCAACCUAGCUUGCAAUGCCCCAAGACCGUCUUCGGAAUUAAAUGACACUUGGAUAAGUUCACUCACUCCGCGUGUCAAAUCGUUAAUUCUUGACUUCCCGCCAUUCGAUUCUGCAGAUACACGACUAGCUAACGGAAUAUUGCCAGAUACGGUAACCAAAACCAUCAAAUCUCGAAGCCCAUAUGAUACCGUGGAUGAUACAGAUUUCCAGAGGGCAGGUCGGGAAAUAAAGGUAUUGGCUCACGAAGCAUAUCGUUGGUUUCAAAAUGAAAUACAAGAAUUGAAAGACUUCGAAAACAUAUAUUGUGAAGAAUUGAUAUGGUGUGGAGAACAUAAAAUCGCGUUUGCGAAAAGCAUCGAGCUCUAUUUUGCAGGAGAUAAUUAUACUGCUCUCCUUCUGAUAAUCUCAUCAUUGGAGCAGCUGCUAGGCGACGUAAUCAAUAUGUCGAAAUCACGCGAGACGCACAUUACACCGCAAGUACCUCCACUCUUCCGCGACUUGUUACUGGAGAAACCUUUGGCUGACAUUGUUGGCGAAGACUUUGUAUUUCUACUCCGCUGCCUAUUCGGUCCACCAAAUUCCAUGAAUAUUCGAAACAUCAUUUGGCACGGUUUUAUUUGUGAAGAGGAAUUCUCGCCAACACCUGCUAUAUGGUAUUAUUCUUUAAUUGUUGUCUUAGCAAUGAGUGUUUGUGCGAAAGUAAAAUCUUCGGAAGUCUCUUGCAAAGUCCUUAUUAGAAGACACACAAAAAAAGCUUUUAUUGGACUGUAUCAUCUCCCUCAAAAUUUUAAUUGGGACGAACAAAACAAGGCGGAUUGUGUGCAGGGGACAACAAACUAUCUGACCACAAGUGAUUUUGAGCAAUUAAUUCUAAAUGAACGCGUACCACAUUCAAUUCCCCCUCAUACAUACCUCCUUUCUAUAUUAAGUCAAACCUUCUUUGUUAUUCCGACUACGAUUUCAACUUGGAGACGUGCUUUUGAAUAUAUGUACACGGGUCAGCCUAUUCUUUUCUUGAUACUUGCUCUUCCUCUCCUCGAGCACUCAUUGCGUAGAUUGUACAUAUGUCUGAACCAGGAUGUAUCCGAUCACAGACUUUGCACGGGAAACGUUGGAGAAUACUUCUUAACAAUGGACGUUAUACUAAAAAAAUGCGUUAGCAUGCAAUUCAUUAUUGCGAAUGCUCGGGCCCAGAAGGAACUUGCUGAAGAACUGAAAAACGUUAUUUUCGAUCAGUUAAAAGGCGAUGUCAUGGACCUACUGGAAGACCUUUUCGUCCAUGUUUCCGGGCCGCGCCUUCGGGAUCGGAUCGCACAUGGGGAUUACGAUUUUACACUACUUUGUAGAACGUCAUCAGCGCAUAACGACCCAGUUUUCGCACAUGUUGUACAUCUCAUCCGACAUCUUUUCGAAAGAUAUCUCGCUGGAACUCACGUAACAAGCCCGAAGAAAUUCGUCCUAACCUAUAAAUCAAGAUUUCAUCCUAUGUCAUUGUUACAAAGAGAGUGUUUUUACGUUGUCGUAUGUAUAUGGCAGGUUUGGAAAGUUGCUGGGAAUGAUACACGGUUCGAACUAAGUAUAUGGGACAACAGCAGUGAUAAUUCAAUUGUUGACUUUGUGAAGCAGUGUGGGAAGCCAAUAGUGUUUUCUGCGUCAUUUGUCAAAUCUCUGUGUGAAGAAUGCUCAAAUGCCGAGGAUUUAAUAAAAAAUUUGAAUAGAUUUGUGUCAAAGGACAUAAAAAAUCAUUUUUCAGACCACUGGUGCAACACACAGCUUGGAAAGGAGGAUGAGAAACGAAUUGUUUUCCGACGAGGAGCUCUCAGAAGAGCCGCCAAUGGACUUCAGAAGGUGUAUGAGAGACUCACCUCCAUUGGUUCGUCUCCUUCUUCGCGUAAACGGAAGAAUCUUCAGGCUUUUUUCGUUUUACUUCCAAUUCUCCUGACCCAAUUAUGUGACGCUUUAUCCGUUCUGAUGGCUACAGAAGAUCAGAAAAUUCUGUUGGAAUCGUUGAUUUUCGUUGAACGUUGGUGUUCUUUAUGCAUUAAAGGAAGCUGGGAGAAAUUUGUUGAAACUUACAAUAAAUUCAGCGAGGAAAUAUCACAAGUAAUUCGAAAAAGGAAAGUAUGA